GUAACAGGUUGCAGUCGCCGUAUAAUGAAGUUGUUGUUAUGUGCAAUUGCGUAGGAGUUGUUGUUUCUCCUGCUUUUCUUUGUGGACUUUGACGGAUGUCUGCGAAAAUAUUUGAAUCCUCAUCGAAACAGGGGAAGCGAAGUGUCAAAGAGGAGCAGAGGAACAACUUGAGAGAAAGAGGGGGAUUCGUCACUGGAAAAACUGCACUGCAAAACAAUUUUAGGACCCCUGACAGGGUGACUCCAAAUAAAUCCUUGGCCUUGAAUCUAGCAUGAGCACACCAUCCUCAGGUCGGAAGACCCCAGUGGACUACGGUGUCCAGAUCCGCUUCGUCAAUGACCUCUUUGACACUGGUGGUGGGCAGCCUGGGUCCCAGCCCAAGACCAAGACUCAGACCACCUCCAAGUACGGUGUGGCGGUCAGGGUGCAGGGUAUCGCUGGCCAGCCGUAUGUGGUCCUGAAGGACGGAGAGAAAGGAGACUCGUAUGGAGUCCAGCUCAGGACCCAGUACCCAUCUGGCUACAGUAGCCUUCCCCGGAGGAGAGAGAGGGCAGAGCCAGGAACACGGGAGGCAGAUGUAGGAGGAGGAAGUGGAGCAGGGCAGGAAGGGGCACUACGCCGGGCCCAGUCCCAUGGGUCACUGCUGGAAAGGGAUGGAGAGGGAGGGACAGGCAAUGAGGAUUCUCAGCUUUCUAGGCCACCAGGGGAUGGAAAGUCUGGUAGUUAUGGGAACCUAGAUGGAGGACUAGGAGUAAGAGGAGAGAGGGAGCAGCCUCGACGUGUCAGUGGUAGAGAAGGGGACAUGGGAAGGAAUAUGUGGGAUGGUUCGUAUCAGACAGGGCUCAACGGGUCACUGGGGUCAGUGACAAGCAGGCAGUCCUGCUUGGACCCUCCUCAACAGACAAAUGAGUUUCACUCUAAUCAGAGACACACUGCUGUCAACAGACUAGUAAAUAGGUUUGAUGGUGGUAACACUGGUGGCCAGCAGAGAGGCCUCCUCCCUCCACAACAAGAUCCUAGAGCUACAUCUCCUAUCUUCACCACCAACCCUUACACCUCACCUCCGUCCUCAACUCACAGCAGCUUUGGACGCAGCCAGGACGGGCACUCUGCUAAUCAGUGGUCUUCACCAGGAAGAUAUGCUGCUGUGGCGACAGCGCAGGCCAGUCUGACUGAGGCACAAGUGACCCCUGACCUUUUGCUGGACCAGGGUCAGACUGCAGAGAUGAGAAGUGAGGAGGACCAGGUCAUGCAGACUAUAUACAACAUCCUGAAACAAGGAACCAAAGAGAGUGAUGUUGUCAUCAAGCACAAAGUCAAGCUCAUCUUUCAGAAGAUUCAGAAUAUAAAGUCCAAAGAAAGCCCGAGGGAAGAGUGGAUGAGAGAAAAGAGGGAGCUUGAGAGAAAGAUGGCUGAACUACAAACUGCCCUGCAGGAGGAAAGAAGAGACUCUGUUAGCAAUUCUGAUCCUGCCCUGAAAGCUGAGCUAGAGUCCUGUCUGGAUGAAAAUCUGCAACUCCGGGAUAUGCUGGACCGGAAGAAGAUGGAAUUAAAUGAAACACAAUCAGAGCUCACUCAGCUGCGUAUGGAUAGGGAGAAUGCAGAGGCAAGGGUCAGAGAGAUGGAGGACCAGCUGGCUGAGUUUCAGGAUGAACUGAGAAGAGGAAAUGGCAACAAGACGGACCUGAUGUCUUGUCAGACACAGCUGAUGGAGGUCUGCCAGCUGAAACAGAAGCUGGAGGAGACGUUGAGACAGAGAGAGAGGGAGCUAACAGCUCUGAAAGGAGCACUGAAGGAAGAGGUGUCCACACAUGACAAAGAGGUAGAGGCACUCAGAGAGCAGUACAGUGCUGAUAUGGAGAAGCUCCGCAGCAGCAUUGAGCAAGUGUCUCAGUCUCACGCAGGGAUUGAAGCAGAGCGGUUGCGUGUCAAUGCAUCAGUUCGCUCUCUACAGCAGCAGUUGGAGGACUGUAGAGACGAGAGCAGCCACUGGAUGGAGCAGUUUCAUGCCACCAGAGAUGAACUUCGAACAACUAAACAAGAGCUCCUGCAAGCUCGUCUGGAAAAAGAGGAGCUUGAGGAGGAACUGAAGGAGCUACAGGAGAAAGUGAGCACCAUGAAACGACAGAUACCAGACACCAGCCACACACAGACUCUCAACCAGGAGCUCCAGCAAUGCCAUGCUGAUCUGCAGAAGGCAAAAUCUGAGGUGGAGAAGCACAGGACAGAGUUUGACAGGAAGGUCAUGGAGGUCAUCUCUAUAAAAAAAUCUCACCAGGAACAAGAGGCAGAAUUGAAGUAUGAGAUUGACAGACUAAAGGACCAGUUACAGAGGGCGAAAGAAGACUUUGCCAAGGCACAGGAGAAAAACAAACGGCUUCCAGACCCAGCCACCAUCUCAGAGCUGGAGCAGAAGCUUGGGGAGGAACGUAAUGAAGCUACCCAGCUCAAAGACAAACUUUCAUUGGCUGAAGAGGAACUGGAGGCUAGUAAAACAAAUCUCAAUAGAACACAGAUGGACCUCAGAUAUCUCCAAGAUUCCCAGCAGGAGCAGGAAGAGGCCAACACACGUCUCAAAGAGAAGCUCUCACGUUUAGAGGCUCAGCUGCACACCAACGCCACAGAGAGCUCAGAGCUAGAACUCGCCCUGCACUCUGAGGUGAGAGGCCUGAGAUCUGAGCUAGAUGAGGCCAAGAGAAAAGCUUCCAGACUGAGCCAGGAGCACCGUGAACUCAGCCUGCGCCUGGAGGAUACGGAGAAAGACAAGGAGGCGCUCAAACAGACCAUCAACCAGCUGGAUGAGACUAAACAACAGCAGGAGAGAGUUUUAGAGAAACUCAACAAAGAGUAUGAGUCCCUGACCAUGUCCUCAAAAGAAGAGGCAAAAGUUCUCAGGGUUCAGCUGGAGGAGCAGAGAGAGAGAGCACGCAAGGAAAUGCAGGAGGUGCAACGUCACGGAAAUGAUGCUCACACUGAGCUGGAAAGAAGCCAUAUAAAUCUAAGGAGACUGGAGGAAGAAAUGUCACGGCAGAAGAAGGAGCUCCUGCUCGUAUGUGAGGAGAGAGACAACCACCAGCUGGAUAAAGAGCUUCUCACCAACAGAAUGCGCCACCUUGAGGGAGAGAUAGAGUCCAAUAAAAACAACCACAAUGAGAAAGCCCGGGAGAUUCGUAUCCUGGAGGACAAGCUGAAGCGCAUGGAGUUGGAGCUGGAGGAGGAGAAAAGCAGUGUAGAGAUGCUGACAGACCGCUUAGCCAGGAGCAGAGACCAGAUCGAUCAGCUCCGCUCUGAGCUCAUGCAGGAGAGAUCCUCCAAACAGGACCUGGAGCUGGACAAGAAUGCCAUGGAGAGACAUCUGAAAGAGCUGAGGAGUCGUGUGGCUGACAUGGAGGGCCAGUCUCGCUCCUCAGCAGGAGUCUCCCAGCUGGAGAACAAGAUCCAGGAGUUUGAAGAACGCCUACACAGUGAGGAAAGGGAGAAGAACUCUGUGUUGGCAUCCCAACGUCGUCUGGAGAGGAAACUUAAGGAACUCAAUAUGACGCUGGAUGAGGAGAGACAAACACACAAUGAACAGAGAGACCAGCUUGCUCUGAGAGUGAAGGCUCUAAAGCGGCAGGUGGAUGAAGGAGAGACAGAGCUGGAAAGGAUAGAUGGACUCAGAAGAAAAGUUCAGAGGGACAUGGAGGAACAGAUGGAGCUCAAAGAGGCAUUGCAGGGAAGAGUCACAGCUCUGGAAGCUGAGCUCAAGAGGAAAACUCAGGCAGCAAUGCGCCCAGCUUUGGAUUCCUCAGCCCUCAGCUCAGACGAUGACGACAGCCUUUAUGACCCGUCCACCAUCACCAACAUCCUCACUGAGAGCAACCUUCAGACCAGCUCCUGUUAAAGCAGCACUUUGUGGACAGGACGAGGCUGGGAAAAUGUAGCACUGCCAAGGGGGAAAAAAAGGAGGGAAGUGUAAUUUAUCUGGUUUGUAGACUGGCAGUAAAGCCAAAAGCUAGAAUGGUAUGUAUUACAGACAAUGAGGGAGGGUAUGCAAGCACCUAGGAGGUAAAUUACAAAUUGUAGAGGUUGUUAGGGGAAUGAUUUUCCACACCAGAGUGAAUGGAAGGAAACAAAACAUCCUCUUCAUUUCAGGGGAUUCACGUCAGUCUACAGUGUACACAGAUGUUCUCCACUGUACAGUUGUAAGGAAUCCAUGUCAUGUACACAGUACACUACCGAUACAUCUCAAACCAUUUUAAGGUUGAGAUACUGGCGUCAGCUACUUACCGUAUUAUGUCUGGCUUUGACUGAAUAAAGAAUAAUACUCUCAUCUUUCCUGGUGUAGACAGUUUACAUGCUGGACUUUAGUUUAAUCUGUAGCACAAUAGUCAACCAAUUGAACUCACAAAUUCUGUACCAUGCACCACACUUAGGUAGGACUACUGAAAAACAUGGACCGCAUGCUGACUCUGACUGCAUUAUGAUUGCCACAAGUGAUUGAAAAGUGAUGGAAAUUGAGUAACCAGAUCUAAUGGUUUAAGUACUGCAAAUUAUUCUUGUUUCCUGAAAUCUGGAAUUAUUUACUGAAAACAAAACAUAUAUUUUUUGUGUAUAUUUUUAACUAUGGAAUAUGUCUUUCCUCUGCCUGAAGAUAUUUCGUGACAAGGGUUUACGCCACCUUCCAGUCCUCAGUGUCAUAUGGUGCACAGAGUAGGGAAUCUGAAUUAUAAAAUAUGGCAGUAUAACACUACUAGCAUGUCGAAGGGGUUUCCGGGGACAGGGACACAAAAUCUGAUUCAAAAGUAGUAAUAAAUAGCACAUAUGUGACAGAAACCUCGUGUUAGUGUAAAGAUUAAGAUUAGUUUUAUUGUUGCCCCAAUGUAUCUUGGUAUCUGUGGUAUCUGUAUGUUGUUGUAUCUGUAGCAGUUUCCUGGUGAAAAUACAAAUGAUCUUAGAACUUUGGUUUUGUGGUUUAUAACUUUCAGAACAGAGAGGUCUCUAUUUACAAAACAACUUUCCUAUGUCAGAAAGUGGUUUUCCUCAUUUAGAGCAAAAUAAUAGCCAAAUAUCUUUGUGGUAGAAACUUCACAAGUGUAUUGAUUUAAGCUGCACAAUUUCUAUGCAUUCCCUUAUAUUAACUCACUGAAACAUACAGUGCAUACUGUAAUUUCAAGCCUUGAAAUUGCCUUAAAAUGCUAAAAAUAAUUUGUUUGACUAAUUCUUGUCAAAAUGAUUUUUUUGUAAAGUGUUUGUAUUCAACAUUUGUAGAUGUUCUGAGUCUUAAGCUGAUUUUUGUAAACAUUUUGAACAAUCAGUUGAAGUUAUAAUUGUAUUACAUUUUGCUGCAAUGUAACGUUUCUCCCUGUCUUUCCAGUGAAACCGGAAAAUGGUGCAUAUGAUUUGUUAGACAGUUCAGUAUAAAUAUGUUGAAUUUAAAGAUGCUGGUACAUUCUGUAAUUGUUGACUGGAAUACCUUCACACCUUAACUACUUCACAUAAUAGAUUUUUUUCUAUUGCUUAUAAAUUCAG